AUGUCGAAUCAAACAUUUCUCAUUGGUACUGGUAGUGAAACGAUCUAUGCAUGUCGAUUAACAGUCAAUGGUCAACUAGAAUUACUUCAUGAAAAUAAGAGUGGAAAAGGUCCAUCAUGGUUACUUGACAAUGAUGAUCUUCUCUAUGUUGUCAAUGAACAAGAAGAUAAGAUAGAAACUUUCACUAUCGAUGAUCGAAUUCAAGGGAUAUUAACGUCAAAGAAUACGAUUUCAUCCAAAGGAAGUACACCCUGUUCACUUGCUUUGGAUCCAACGAAGAAAUGGCUUGCCGUAGCGAACUACGGUGGACUUGGUUCAGCGAGCUUUGCUCUGUUACCGUUGAACAAAUCUCGCUAUCCAGAAGAAAAAGCUGCACAAGUAGAAACGGUCGAUGGACAUGGUCCGCAUCCCGACCGUCAAGAUCACUCACAUUGCCACCAAGUGCAGUUCUACGGAAAUUAUCUCUACGGAGUCGAUUUAGGAACAGAUACCAUAAAUAUUUACCGUUUUGAUGAUGCUACUGGCGAAAUGAGUUUACUUCAUAGUCGAAUUCGUACUCAAGCUGGUGCUGGUCCGCGACACUUAUUUUUUCAUCCUGAUAAACCAUUAGCAUUUGUUUGUAAUGAAUUAAAUUCUACAACAUGUGUUUAUCGAACCGAUGCAACUCUCGGUAAACUUCAGCUCCAACAAACUAUCACCACAAGACGUUCAGAUGAUGAGAAAAAUUCGACCAAAGAAAACACUCCAGCUGAAGUUCAAAUUUCGCCCGAUAAGAAAUAUCUACUUGUUUCCAAUCGUGGAGAUGAAAAUCUCGUCAUUUACAAUUUGAGUGAUAGUUCAGAGAAUGUCUUAAGCAUUAAAGAGCACCUUAGCAUUCAAGGUUCCGGUCCGCGAUAUUUUACCUUCGAUCCAACAGGCAAAUACUUGCUUGUUGCAAAUGAAAAAUCGAACAAUUUAAUAUGUUUUUCAUACAAUCCAAAUGAUGGUUCUUUUCAAUUUGUCUCACAGCUAGCGCAUGUUCAAAGUCCACAGCACAUUCUUUUUAUUUCUUAA